AUGGCUAUUUCGUCCCGGUCUACAGUGAGGAAGAUGGAAAAGGCAACUCUCGGGCCCUCAAGUAUGAGGACGGCCCGGAAUGGUUCAAGCAUAGACGGCGAUCCGAAGGCGACUUGCGCCGCGGCUUUCAACAGCUGGAAGGUGCCUUCGCACUGCGAAGGACCCGUUUAUAUGCCGCACGGCGGUCGCAAGAUGAAGUAUAAGCCGUACAAGAUCAAGAAGGGUAGCCGCUUCACUAUUUUCCCCCCGGCGAGCCAGACCGCCGCCCCUGCGCCACCGCAUUAUUACGGCGACCGUGACUCAAAGAAGCCGAACCCGUUCCGCCCCACCAAGAAGAAGGACAAGCAGUAUUUCCACCCACUGGAAAACAAAUGCUGGCCGCGCGAGCCAGCGCUAGGGCACCACCAAGACGUCCCCGCUCCCGCCAUCCGACGCGCCAUCAAAGAACACUGCGCCAAAGAGUACGCCCUCCACGAGCACAUGCUAGGAAGGACCGCCUACACCUCCGUCAACCUGACCGACCAGCUCUUCUGGAACAAAGGAUGGGACACCGUCACCGUCUCCAACGGCGCCGCCUACGUCAAAGUCGACUUCCGCCAGACCUUCAACAUCCGCUACCGCGACCUCGACAACACCGAGACGAUGGGCGAAAAGGAAUGCCAGCAGAUUGAGAGCAGGGUCCUGGAAGCGGCGGAUCGGCCGAGGAAGCUCGCGUAUAUCAAGCCCUACUAUUACGGGCCGAGGGAGGAGAAAUUGGAUCCGGGAGAGAGCGUGGUGACGAAAAAGCAUUUCAUCUACAACAUCAUUCCUGAGGUCCACACUCCUUGAGCGCCGUCAACACCACUGAUUGAGGCUGGUCACAGCCCUGGCCCCGGCGUCCCGGCGUCAUUCCGCUUCUUCCUUUGCCG